AUGCCCCACAGCUCUGACAGCAGUGACUCCAGCAGCUUCAGCCAGUCUCCACCUCCCAGCAAGCAGGACUCUUCUGACGACAUGAGGAAAGUCCAAAGGAGGGAGAAGAAUCGCAUCGCUGCCCAGAAGAGUCGCCUGAGGCAGACCCAGAAAGCAGACACGCUGCACUUGGAGAGCGAAGACUUGGAGAGGCAGAACGCUGCCCUGCGCCGGGAGAUCAAGCAGCUGACAGAGGAGAUGAAGCACUUUGCCUCGAUGCUGAGCUCCCACGAACCACUCUGCUCCAUCCUGACAUCCCCUCCGCCACCUCCAGAAGUGCUUUAUGCCACACACUCCUUCCACCAGCCCCACAUCAGCUCCCCACGCUUCCAGCACUGA